CGAGUGGCCAUUUUUUAUUUUUAUGUGCGUCCAGAUCCCACUUCCGCUCAUUCCUCUCCAAAAAACGCAUUUAACAGUGAUUAAUAACGGGUGUCACCCGCAAACCGUCCAACUUUAAUCGCCUUCGUCGCAGAGAAAGAAUACGACAGAUAAUUUGGGAGUCUUUGUCAUCAUGAAUCCCGAAUAUGAUUACCUGUUCAAGCUCCUGCUGAUCGGAGACUCUGGCGUGGGGAAGUCCUGUCUCCUGCUGCGUUUCGCUGACGACACGUACACCGACAGCUACAUCAGCACGAUCGGAGUGGACUUCAAAAUCAGGACGAUAGAGCUCGACGGAAAGACCAUCAAACUACAGAUCUGGGACACGGCCGGUCAGGAGCGGUUUCGCACCAUCACCUCCAGCUACUACAGAGGAGCUCACGGGAUCAUCGUCGUGUAUGAUGUCACGGAUCAGGAGUCCUUCAACAACAUCAAGCAGUGGCUUCAGGAGAUCGACCGCUACGCUAGUGAAAAUGUCAACAAGCUCCUGGUGGGAAACAAGUGUGAUCUGACCACCAAGAAAGUUGUGGAUUACACCACAGCCAAGGAGUUUGCAGACUCUCUCAGCAUCCCGUUCCUGGAGACGAGCGCCAAGAGCUCCUCUAAUGUGGAACAGGCCUUCAUGACCAUGGCAGCAGAGAUCAAGAAGAGAAUGGGCCCCGGGGCCACUGCAGGAGGCCCCGAGAAAUCCAACGUCAAGAUUCAGAGCACGCCGGUCAAUACAUCCUCCGGAGGAUGCUGCUGAGACCAACGACAGUAACGCUACCAACCAUACGCCACAGCUGAGUGAGUGAGUGUGUGUGUGUGUGUGUGAGAGAGAGAGAGAGAGAGAGAGUGUGUGUGUGUGUGCAAUAAAGACUGAGAAUAUUAAAGAACAGGAGAGAGAGAGAGAGAGAGGAUCAAAUGAAACAUUGCCUGACAUUGACCCAUUCAUGCACAUGGAUGCAUGACCAGACAAACACACGUCCAGCCGUCUGCCGAGACAAACACACGUCUUCACGGCUCAGAUUCUGUCGCUCUUUACACAAGCAUCCGGCAGCACUUCCGGACACCAGCGGUUUUAGAGGAGCACCACCAGGUUUGGCUUUGAACUUCCUCUUUGGAUCUUUGAAGGAAGCUGUGGACUGUGAUGUCAUAACUGACCUCGGAACAGUGGGAUGUGUUACUAUGGCUCCCAGUGGGGUUACUCCGUCCCUCUCCGUCCCGUCUCUCGUUUGGUGGAGCGUUCGCCUGUUUGGCCAUUUCUUCUGUUUGGUUUUUAUUAGUGCUCCUCUGAGCGAGACCAACGCAACACUUACAAUAGAGCUAGUCAUGUUUCUAACAUUAUUAUUAUUAUUAUCCUGGGCAGUUUGUUUGAGCUAUAAUUUGGAAAUCAAGAACCAAAUCCUAGGCCGCUUGUAGUUUAGACGCAUAUUUCAACUAAAAAUGAUCAAGUAAAUCCUGAUUCUGUCAUCAUUUACUCUCCUUCAGGUUGUUCCACAGCUGUGUGUGAAGUUUCUUUCUACUGUUGAUCAGAAAACAUCUUGGUUAUUUGUUGUGACUUGUGAUGUUUAAUUGCCGGUGGCCGUUCACUUCCAUAGUGUGUAAAAAAACUGCUCUGUGACACCGGCAACUGUUUGGUUCUCAACCGUUUUCAGAAUAUCUGCUUUUGUGUUCAACAGAAGAAAGAAACUCUGACGCGUCUUGUACAACAUCAGGGUGAAUAAAUGAACUAUGCCUUUAAAUGUCUAUAUUAUCAGUUAGUUAUUUUCAUUAGUUUUGAUUCUUAUAAAUCAUGUAUAUUAUGUGGAAGCUGGUCUGUAUCCAUGGGAUAAAAAAUAUAACAGUAAGUGCAAUUCUUCACCUCACAAUUUGGACGUUUUUUAACUCUUACUUUUUUUCUCGCAAUUACAAGAAAUUUGAAAUAUGUCAAGGGGAAAAUCUAAUAAAAUGUUUUAUUCCAUGGUGGAAAUAAACAACAACAAAAUAGAAAUUAGUUCUUUUUGAGUCUGAAUUGCUAAAAAAAACAAUGUUUUGUUGAAAACAAGCUUCCCUAACAGUGUGACUGUAACAGGAGCAAUAGCAGAUCUAUGUACAAAUGUAUCUAUGGAAAUCCCACAGAUAAACAGGAAAUGACAUCACAAUAAGUAAAGCAAUGUUGCAUAUGUAGCUUUUUGAUUUCAGGGAGAAAUGCACUUUUUGUUUUCUUUUACAUCCCCUGAUGUUCAAAUAAACUAUGAAGGAAAAGCUGAAUAAAAUGGUUUUAACUGGA